AUGAAAAUCUUUUGCAGCAAACAUAAUACGAAAUUUCUUAUUUGUAUCAUCUGGAUAGUAGUUAUAAUUCGUGGAUGUAUUGCAUAUCUUUACUUCGACUGUGACUUUUAUUAUGACAGCAAUAUAUUGGCUUUUGUUUUCUCCAAAACAAAGGAUUGUCAAUUUAUAUCUUUCUAUGUGGACUUUGCCAAGGACUCGUUUAUCGUAAUCACAGUUGGGAUUGUGGAUGCGAUAACCAUCACAGUUGUGCAGAUAACCAACAGACGGAUGCGAAAAGCGCGACAUGACAUGGAAAUGGAUAAACGUCGUAAAAGAGAGAUAAAAUUCUUAAAGCAGGUCGUCCUGCAAGGAGUUCUGUUCAGUGUAGAAUUAUUCACCUACUUCCAUCUUGCAUGGAAAUAUCAAAAUCAUUGGGCUGUGUUUGCCAUGACAACGCUUGCAUGGAAUCUGGUGCACUGUGGUGACGCGCUUAUAAAUGUUGGAUUCAAUGCCGAAUUUCGAAAGCUUCUUACAUCUCCAAAACAGAUCUUUCGGAAGAAGCACGUUAUUAGCAAUUACAGUGGUACAGGAGGACAGGUAACUGCUUCUCGACACAACUGA